UGAAACUCAGCUACAUCAACUCUUAUAAAUUGAAUUUUCCAUCUCUUACUUUCUCUACUCCCAAACACAAACUAAAAAAAAAAAAAAAAUGUCUUCUCCAACUCCAUCUUUUUGUCCAAUGUACCGCAUAGGCUAUUCUCUUUCCCCCAAGGAAGUGCACAGCUUCAUUCAAAACUCUUUACUCGACCACGCCAAACAACGCGGCAUCGAUCUCAUCGAAAUCGAUCCCACCAAGCCAUUAACUCAGCAGGGACCUUUCGAUUGCAUCAUCCACAAACACUACGGCCCCGACUGGAACAACCAAUUGCAACAACUCUCUCUCGAUCACCCAAACGUCGUCGUAAUCGACCCGCCGCAAGCAAUCGAGCAUCUCCACAACCGUGUCUGCAUGCUUGAUGUGGUUACCAGCUUGAAAAUCCCGCAAGGGAACCAAACGAUUGGGGUUCCAAAUCAAAGAGUACUGGACGAGUCGGAGAAUCUUACGGAUUCGAUUGAAGAAAUAGGGCUCAAGUUUCCGGUGAUAGCGAAACCGAUAUCCGUCGACGGCAGUGCCAAGUCACACGAGAUGUUCUUGGUGUUCAACGACAACGGGUUGAAGAAACUGAAACUAAAAAAACCAAUUUUGAUGCAAGAAUUUGUAAACCACGGUGGAGUGAUUUUCAAGGUGUACGUGGUGGGCGAUCACGUAAAAUACGUGAAGAGGAGUUCGUUGCCUGAUAUAUGCGAGGAGACACUGAAUAGCGUAGCGGAGGAUGAGGGUUUCUUGUUGUUUUCGAAGAUAUCGAAUUUGAUUGCGAAAAAUAGUGAAGCGGUGGGAGGUUCUUCUGAUGAGGUGGAUGAAUACUGUUGUGAAGUGGAGAAGCUUGUGGAGAAGGCGGAAAUGCCGCCUUUGGAGUUUGUGAUGGAGUUAGCCAAAGGGUUGAGGGAGGCAAUGGGGCUUAGGCUUUUUAACUUUGAUUUGAUUAGGGAUAGUAGAGAUGGGCAUAGGUACUUUGUUAUUGAUAUUAAUUACUUUCCUGGGUACGUGAACAUGCCGGAGUAUGAGUCUUGUUUUGUGGAUUUUUUCUGUGAUGUUGUGCAAGAGAAGAGGAAGAAGAAUGGUGAUGGGGAGGUGGAAUUGGAUGUGAAGGAGAAUCAUCAUGAGGAAGAAGAAUUGUGUGAGUAAUGCAUGAACGGGGUGACAAGGUUGGAUUAAUCAUUACUGGGUUGUUUGGGUCAAGAAUAUGGAUCAAGUUCUGACUCUUGAAAACCUUUAUGCUUUUUGUGUCAAUUCUAUAUAUUAUAUUCACUGCGCCACAUGGUGGUACUUUUCGAA